AUGUCUUCGGGCUUGGGAGGUACGUGUGCUCAUGAUUUCCUGGAUGGUCUCAUCUCGCACGCGUCUGUCCAGUUCGCUCCGCACCCCGGGGUGUUGAUUCGGCUCUACGAUUUUCAAUUUGGGACUCGCGGACUCUCCAUUAUGCACCUCGCAUUUAUGGACCGCGUGGAAAAGAUGACUUGGGUACAAACGCGUCACACCAAUAUGCAGAAUUUUUCCUACAUCGUCGCUCUACCGGCACCGCUAUUUCCGACCUCGUCGGCCGAAGUCGUCUCGGCGAUCAACAGCCUUCAUACCUACUGCGCUAGCUUUGCGUCGUCGGAGGUGGUCGACUUGGUGCAGCGGAUCCACGCGUUUGCGCUCGAGGAAGCGGGGUCGGCAGUAUGGGCACCAUCCGACCUGCCUCCUUUUGUCUACUGGGUGGACGGUAUCCUCGAGUCGUUUCGUGCCGCCGCUGUCCGGGACAUCGCGGGUGGCUCCUCCCGCCGUUGUGUGAAGGACACGCAACACCGGAGCCGGGUCGUACAGCAGGUCGCGCGCAGACCUGAGCAGGACGCAGCCCAGCAGCGCGGCAGUCAGCGCAGUUCCUCCGAGCGCUCGCAGUAUCUCCCCCAGCAGAAUGGACGAAAGUUGUGUCUUCGGUCGCUGUCCCGGCGCGGGUGCCCCGGUGUGGUGGGUGCGUCAUCACAGUACAUCUACCCUGAUCGCGCCCACUUCACCCCGACAACCCUACCAGAAGAUGCCCGGGCGUUUAUCCAGCGGCAGCUCGGCGGCUUGACUCUGUCUUUCCAACGGUUAUGA